GGACGUAAGUGGCCAAAAUGUCCAUCAUGCCCCACAAGUGUGAUGUGUUGAGUCAAGAUGAACUGCGCAAAAAGCUAUACCAGACGUUUAAGGAUCGGGGCGUACUGGACAAGUUAAAGACACAACUCAGAAACCAGCUAAUCCAUGAACUGAUGCACCCUGUACUGAGCGGAGAGCUGCAGCCUCAGUCCAUCUCAGUUGAAGGGAGCACCCUCCUUAUAGGCGCCUCGAACUCUAUAGUGGCUGAUCACUUACAAAGAUGUGGCUAUGAAUAUUCCCUUUCUGUUUUCUUUCCAGAAAGUGGUUUGGCAAAAGAGAAGGUAUUUACUCUACAAGAUCUAUUACAGCUCAUUAAAAUCAACCCCACAUCCAGUCUCUACAAAUCACUGAUUUCAGGAUUUGAAAAAGAAAACCAGAAAGGUUUCCUUAUGAAUUUCUUAACAGAAUUGGUAGAAUAUCAUCAAGCUAAAGAGAACUGUGAUGUGGAAACUCAGACAAGUUCACCAUUUCCUAGCAAGGACUCUCUUGCGGAGAAACUUCAGCUUAUCGAUGAUCAAUUUGCGGAUGCUCGUCUUCAGCGUCCAAAGCUAGAGUCUUUUGAAUUAAAGUUAAAUGAAUAUAAGAGUGAGCUACAACAAGGACUUCAAGCAGAAAUGUGUCAAAAGUUAAAGCACUUCAAGGAGAUUGAAAUAGCAAAGAUGAAAAUGGAAGAGAAAAAAAAGCAUGAGAAGGAAUUAGCGAAGUUCCGGCAUGAGUUUGAGAGAACUUACAAAACGAAAACCGAAGCCCUCAUUUCUCAGGAAAAGAACGUUCUGGAAAGAAUUCAACAGUAUCGGGAGGCUGAAACAAAAGAAAUCUAUGGUCAAAGGCAGCUUCUACUGAAAGAUAUAGAUUUGCUAAGAGGCAGAGAAGCAGAGCUGAAGCAAAGAGUUGAAGAUUUUGAAUUGAACCAAAAGCUCCAAGAACAAAAAAAUAAAAGCAUGGCUGAAGAACUUAGGAGACGGGAGCAAGAUAUAGAGAGCGCGCAGGAGACCUUUGAGCAAAAGCUUAAGAAUGAAGUUCUAAAGUAUCAACUUGCACUAAAGGAAGAAUACCUCACAAAAGCCAAUAAACUGGUUGAAGAAGAAAGGAAGAAUAAAGAAAAAGCCAUACAUUUGCAAGAGGAGCUCACAGCUUUUAAUUCCAAAAAGGAAGAACUCAGUCAGUCUGCAAAUCGUAUAAAAGAACUGGAGCUCGAGUUAGAGUCCAUCAAAGCACAGUUGACAACAACAACCGAACAAAACCACUUGCUGAAUGAGAAGCUUAAAGACAUGAGUGAUUAUUCACAAUUGAAGCAAGAGAGACUGGAGCUUCAGGCACAAAAUAAAUUGCUUAAACAACAACUGGAAGACAAUAAAAAUGAAAACUUGCGUCUCCUAAACCGCAUUGCUCAGCCGGCUCCUGAACUUCUAGUUUUACAGAAGGAAUUACAGAAAGCAGAAGAUACUAUCGCACUUAAGCAUAAGGAGUUUGAAACUCAUAGGCAAGCUAUGCAAAAAGAGCUGCAAAAUGAAAUUGAGCAUUCCGCACAGCUAACGGCGCAGCUAUUAGAUUAUGAUUCUUCUGUAAAGAGGUUAAAUCAUCAGAUUGCUGAUUUAAAAUUGCAACUGAAACAAACUCAGAGAGCCCUGGAGAAUGAAGUGUACCGCAACACCAAGCAGUCUGUGAGUCAUCAAUGUGUGAAUAGUUUAAUGAGUGACCCGGUGGUGCCUCACUAUGGGAAUGGACUCAGGGGGAUCCUGAUCCACCCCCCGGGACAGGAGGCUAUGCCAGAUAUCACAGGUUUCCGGAAUGCAGGGAGGGAGGGCAGCUCCCCGGAUUCAGACCUUGAGUUUGUUGCCAGUACCAAGGUCAAGGUGAGAGAGCUAGAACAAGAGGCUGAACGCUUGGAAAAGGCUUUCAGAAAUUACCAUCAAAGACUCACUCAAAACCCUGCUAAAAGCCCACCCCUGGCCAAGAAUCCACUACCUUUGCAUUUGCUUGGAGCUUUCAAAAGCAGCAGUUCCACUUCCCUGGGAAGACGUGUUUUCCCAGAGGAUGGAAUUCUCUCUGAGCAACCUCAAGUGUGUACACGUAAGGAGGACAAGUGUGAUGCUGCCGAAGAAGCCAUGUCGGGUAGUUCGACCUCACGGCUGCACAGGAGCACCUCCUUGAGACGCCUGUCCUCCACACCACUUCCCAAAGCCAGAAGAAGCCUUGACAAUGAGCUGUAUCGGGAAGGUCUGAACAGGUCAUGUGUUGUGUCCCCCAGCCCUUGUCCUGAUGAAACGCCCCAGUUAUCACCUGAUGAGUCAAAGCACAGCCUCUCUGUUCAUUCAUUCUCCAGCCCGCCAGUGCAGAAGGCUGCUCUUUAUCAGAGACAAACAGAAGAAGACAGAAGUGAAUUUCCAAAUCUGGAGAAGCCAGCUUUUAAAGAUAAUGAGGCAUUUGAACCAGCUUUUACAACAGAUGCAGAGGCUUGGCCAAGGCAGUUUGAAGUGGAUAGGCUCCUCCCUGCUGGUGACAUGCCUCACAUGGACACUGCUGCAGCUGCCACCCCCACCCCCACCCCCCACUCGUAUCACAACCAAUGUGAGAAACAAAGUGGAGAACAUCAGGAAGAAGAAAACACGUGGGCACAGCGUGUUAAAGAACAAAAGCAGAAGGAAGAACGAAGACGGAAUGAAUUGAUAGAGGCUCUGGAAAGGGAACGGAGAGAACUGGAAAAGUUGGAUCAGGAAAGGAGGAUGAUUGAAGAAUCAUUGAGGAUUGAGAUGAAAGAAGAAAGUAUUGAAGAAAUGAAAGAAAAAUCAGCUGUUGGUGAAAAUCCUUUAGAAAAGUACAUGAAACUCAUCCAGCAAAAGACAGAGCAACAGGCUGCAGAUAAGAGCUCCAAAAAGACACUUCGCGAAAGCUCUCAAGGGGAUACACUGCCACCUAGCGACAAGGAUGAAAGUUGUGCAGGUUUUUCUCAUGAAGAACCAGAUGACACUUGGUAAUUACGCUAGCUGUCCAGCUUCUUACAACCAUGAAGUAACCAAAGUCUAGUUGUUUCCAACAUUUCUCUGUAAUUGAACAAAAUUCUCAAUAAAAACUGUGCAGUCCA